CUCUUUAUCUUGAUUCUACAGGCACAGGUGAUUUAACUAUUAAUGUUUUAGCAGAACUCAAUCACUUACAACAUCAAACACUUUUUACUAAUUUUUUAAGAUGUGAAAAAUGUAGAAUAGAAGAAUUUGAAACAGAAGAACUCAAAAAUGAAAUAGUUGAAAAUGAUGAACUUAUUGUCUCUUAUAGUAUUGGAAUAACAGAACUUGAUAAUUUAUAG